CGCGAGGCCCCGCCCCCGUCGGCCGACUCGACGCCCGCGCAGGCGCAGUCUCUGCAGGUUGGAGACGCGGCGGCUCGACCCGGCGGGUAACUAACAGAUGCGGGUGAAGGAGCCCAGCAGAGCUUUGCCUGCGAAAGCCAGAAGGAGUAAACGGCCUGCCGCAGCUCAGGACGAAGGCCCCUCAGAUGGCCCUGCUGUAGGUUUCACUUGCCAGCACGUAAGUCACGCUGUCAGUGUGAACCAUGUGAAGAAAGCGGUAACAGAGGCUCUGUGGUCUGUUUGUUCUGAAUGUUUAAAAGAAAGAGGCUCUGAUGGGGAGCCAGUACUGUCUUCUGAUGUUUGGUUGUGCCUCAAGUGUGGUUUUCAGGGCUGCGGGAAAAACUCAGAAUGCCAGCAUUCGCUGAAGCACUUCAAGAGCUGGGCAACAGAGCCUCACUGUAUUACAGUUAGUCUGAGCACGUGGAUUAUAUGGUGUUAUGAGUGUGGUGAAAAAUUAUCAACACAUUGUAAUAAGAAGGUUUUGGCUCAGAUAGUUGAUUUUCUCCAGAAACAUGUCACUAAAACACAAACAAGUGCAUUUGCUAGAGUCGUAAAGCUUGGGGAAGAAAAAUGUGAAACAGGUGAAAAAAAGAAAGGAAGUACAGCCAGCAGUGUGGCUGCUGUGAAAGGGAUUACGAAUUUAGGAAAUACUUGCUUUUUUAAUGCUGUCAUGCAGAACUUGGCGCAGUCUUACAUUCUCACUGAACUGAUGAGUGAGGUGAGAGAAAGAGGUACAAAACUCAAGAUUGUUCCUUCUUCCCACUCUCAGCUGGACCCAUUAGUGGUGGAACUCUCGAGCCCUGGACCACUGACCUCAGCCUUGUUCCUGUUUCUUCAUAGCAUGAAGGAGACUGAAAAAGGACCACUUUCUCCUAAAGUUCUUUUUAACCAGCUUUGUCAGAAGGCCCCUCGAUUUAAAAGCUUCCAACAGCAGGACAGUCAGGAGCUCCUGCACUAUCUGCUGGAUGCAGUGAGGACAGAAGAAACAAAGAGAAUACAAGCCAGCAUUCUAAAAGCAUUUAACAACCCAACUACUAAAACUGCUGAUGAUGAAACUAGAAAAAAAGUAAAAGCAUAUGGAAGAGAAGGUGUGAAAAUGAACUUCAUAGAUCGCAUCUUUAUUGGCGAAUUAACUAGCACAGUCAUGUGUGAAGAAUGUGCAAAUAUCUCCAUGGUGAAAGAUCCUUUCAUUGAUAUUUCACUUCCUAUAAAAGAAGAAAGGAUUUCAAAACCUGUUCUUCUGGGACGAAUGAGUAAAUAUAGAAGUUUGCAGGAGACAGACCAUGGUCAGUACAGUGGCCCUGUUUCUACAGAAAAUUCUCAUCACCGCAGAGCCACCAAGAAUUCUUCAUCAAAAGACAAGAAUCAACUAGUUCAUGGCAGAAAACAUGUAAGAAAAUUGUCGUCUGAAGAAGAUAAGCUUGUCAUCAUAUACCAGAAAAACGAAGACCUUGAAACAAACGGGGAGUCUUCUGUGCUUGAAAGCAGGAUGCACACCGAGUCAGCUCUGACUGACAGUCCCCCCGACGUCAGUGAGAAAGAAGCCAGCCAUUCUGAAAGCAGUGCUGAUGCCGACAGUGAGGCUUCCGAGUCCGAAAGGGCUUCCAGGCAGACUGUGUCAUUGGGAUUCAGCAGGGGCUGCUGGGUGCCCGCGAACAGCCUCCUUUCCCGUCCAGCAUCACGGGCGCCCCCCUCCAGGGACCCUGACAGUGCUGAUGAGGGAGUGGCUGGAGCUAUGGCUCAGCUUCACUUGAGCAGCCCUGUGAGUGGAGGUAGAGAUUUUGACAGAGAAAAUAAGCCACUAAAUGUUCCAAGUAGUAUAUGUGUUUCAGAGGAGAAGCAGAUGAUGUCCCACAGCCCCCAGAGUGCUUUUCAGACCCUUUCUCAGAGCUACGUGACUACUGCGAAAGAAUGUUCGGUUCAGUCCUGUCUCUACCAGUUCACAUCCAUGGAGUUACUGAUAGGGAGUAACAGGCUUCUCUGCGAGCACUGUACUGAAAAGAAACAGAGGCGCCAGAAGCAAACCACUUCUGCAGGAAAGAAAACAGAAGGGGUUUAUACUAAUGCCAGGAAGCAACUGCUCAUUUCUGCUGUUCCAGCUAUCCUAAUUCUCCAUCUUAAAAGAUUCCAUCAGGCUGGCUUGAGUCUUCGCAAAGUAAACAGGCAUGUAGAUUUUCCACUCAUGCUUGAUUUAGCCCCGUUCUGUUCUGCUACUUGUAAGAAUGUAAGUGUGGGCGAUAAAGUUCUCUACGGUCUCUAUGGCAUAGUGGAACAUAGUGGCUCAAUGAGAGGAGGGCACUACACCGCUUACGUGAAAGUGAGGACACCCUCCAGGAAAUUACUGGAACAUAUCACUGGAAAGAAAAAUGUACCUGAUUUUAAAGAAACCGAGAGUGAAUCGGCAGGCGAGUGGGUCCAUGUUAGUGACACUUACGUGCAGAUGGUUCCAGAAUCAAGAGCACUUAGUGCACAAGCAUACCUUCUGUUCUAUGAAAGAAUAUUAUAAUUAUUUGUUAAAUAGCACUGAUAAUGAUGACUUAGAUGACUUUUAUUUACAUGCUGCAGUGAUAACCAUAAUAUGCCAGGUGCCUUGUAGUUUGUCUUCUCCUGUAGGAAUAGCAUCUCCCUCAAUGCUCCUGAACAUUUUUUACCAUUUUGGUGAAUCCUUUUAAAGUAGAUUAUAUUUAGUCAAUGCUUUCAAAUUUAUAUUCUUAAAAUAAAUGUAUACACAUAUUUUUUUUAAAAAUAUUUGUCCUGGGAAAAAACCCAGAAUUUACAGUGGUAGGAAACCCCUAUAUGAUGUGGCUGAUUAUUACAAACAUCCAGAAAUGAUAGUGGCCAAGCCAAAUCAUUCCUCAAAACAGUGUUUCCCAAAUAGGAGUCACAUGCCACCUUACUGAGCUCAUAUAUACACAUGCACAUAUCUCUUGUGCCAUUGUUUACUUAUUGUUUUUACCCUUAUUUUUUACCCUUUUUAAAACAUAGUCUUGUAUUGAGCAUACUCUACAUAAUAUGCUAGUUAUAUUUUUUCUAAUAAACAUUAAAGUAGAUAUAUAACUACUAAAGAAAAAUUGCUCAUCCAUUUGCACUCCAUUCAACAUCAUCUCAGGGAAGUCGGUAGUAUAUGCGUACUGCUGUGCGGGAAAUGUUGCGGUAGCAUGUACAGAUGCAAUUGGCAUAGUGACUUCGUCAUAGUUUGUGUGACUCAGCCAUAUAAAAAGGUACCACUAUAACUUCAGGAAUAUGGGUUUACAAAUAAUAUAUUAAUUAGCUUAUUGCUCCCAGGUUUUGAGAACUAGAAAAAUAUUGAAGUAUUUAUCACCACUUUAUUUGCAGCCUAUUCACGGUAGAGUUGAGGAUAAUUUGCACGUGAUUAGCCAAGGUCAGAAUAUAAUUAUAGGUCAUCGUAACAUGCAGAAUUGGUAAAUAGAAUUUGUUAAUCCAUAUGGGACCAUAGGAUACAUUUCAAAUAUAAAUUACCAAUUUUUAUUUGUAAAUGAUAGAGAAUUAUACUCUUGUACAAAAUAGGGAAAUGGAAUAUAUUUUCUACUUCUGUAGAUCAGUAAAUAUUAAUCAUGGUUUUGGGGUUUUGAAAUCACUUCUUUGUCUUCAAGCAUCAUGAAGUUCAAGUGGGUUUAGCUUUUAUUUUAAUGGAGCAUAAAGAUGGUAUUUCCUAUUUUCUUUUAAAAUAAUUAAUAGCACAAAUAUAAUAUUUUCCCUUAAAAUACAAAUCAUUAAGCUGUCAAAAUACGGCCUGAAAAUACUCCUAGUACAUAGACUUAAAUUUUUAAACAUAAUGGUGGCUUUGGUGUCACAUUCUUGAAUCAAAACACAUAACCGCAUGGUUCAAGCAUAGUAAUUAUUAGUGCCAACAAAUGAUACUAUAGGCAGUGCUGGGUAAAUGCCGAGUCCCAGUUCGUUCUCCUCUUGAAAGGCAGGGUAAGACCAGUGGCUGUAGAUAAUGUGUAGAAAUAUUUAACCAAGACUCUGACCCUUUUGACAUAUGGAUGAGUGGAAUUGUGAUGGUAAUAAUAUAGAAAUUGCAGAGUUUAAAUAUGUCAUUGCACAAAUUCUAUUUUUAAGGUUUUGAAAUCUCAAUAGUAGUGCUUUUCUUGAUUUUUAACAGUGAAAUGAUGGGAAUAUAGCUUUGUAAAUUAAUCUGCAAAUUCAGGCUGUGUCCUGUGAAAGGUAGUUUAAACAGUAUUUACAUUAAAUAAUGUACUUUGUUUAAUUGUAACGUACGAACAUUAAAGAUUUUAGUACUAGAGCAAUAAUUUUUUUUAAAAUACUAAAUCUCUUUAUUCAAGUCAGCCAUCCUGGUAAUGACAGUUAUCAUCCCCUCCCUGAGUGUAAAUAUUAAGACAUCUCAUUAUUCUCCUAGAAAAGAUACUAUUAAGAGGCAUGUACUUUUCAUUGAAUGGUCACCUGCUUGUCUCAUUAACAGAAGGAUAGAUAAUGUUGUUUUAUUGAGAGAAGGAUAGACAGAGAGAGAGAGAGGGAAGGAGAGGAAGAAACCGGGAGGGGAAAGAAAUAAAAACAUUCUUUUCUUUUGCCUCUUGGCUUAUCCCUUACACAGCUGAAGUCAGACCUGGUGAGUGACAGGGGAGGGCAAGAGUCAAGGAAAGUGCCGAGGUCCUCUUCUCAUUGAUAGGAUACCAGGCAGUGUACCGGGGCCAUGUGCAUCAAAUAGGAGAUCUUUUAAGCUUUAUUCUGAGUACCAAUAGAGACUGGUUUUUCACUGAAUUAGUGAGACAGUGGAGCUUCAGAAUAUUACCUCACCAUUUAAGUACUGCAGUAGUUUUUAUGCUUAACCUCACAUUUAUUCAUGAAGUAUAUAUUUAUUGAAUACCUGCUGUGUGAGUCAGGCACUGUGCUGACACUGUUUUUAGCAUGUUUUAAAAUGGAGAGGCCUAUAUAAGUUUUAGACAUUAUUCUAGAAGUAACAUGAAGAUACUUUUAUUUUCAUUUUUAUAAUGUUAAAUGAGCUAAGUCUGAAAUUUAUUUUUUUAUGGCCUACAGUUUAUGAAUGCCCUCUGGGUUGAUCAUGAAUUUGAUUUUGAUACCUAAGAAUUUACUUAAGACAGCUUUUGUAGUAGAGAAAGUAUGUUAAGUUAGACAUGGGUCUACAAUAAAAUUUCUGUUUUCAUUUUGAAUAAUUCCAAAGCACAUUUGCAGGGGUACUAAAUUGUGAAGUUACUAGAAUAACAGUAGCUUUCAGAUGACCUCAGGAAACAGUACAAAUAAGUGAGAGUAUUUAUAGAUCCUCAAAACACCAACAUAGUUGUUUGGCCCAAUUAAUUUAAGAAGAAAACAUGUUUCACUAGCUUUACUUAGAAACUGUUUUACAGGGUAUGUCUAAUCCAGUUUCUUCUAGCUUUUCCAUAUUUAAAAUAUAAAAUUUUGAUUAUGUGCCAAUUAUGUAUUUCUGACCUAACCAAAUAUGUGUCUGUACUUAAGAUUUUGUCAUUUAAUGUUCUUAAAACUGAUGUGAAGACCACCUUUUUUGGGUAACCAAGGAGAGUGGUAGUUCGCAUCUAUUCUAAGAAUAGUUGAUACCUGUUUUCUUAUUUCAAAUGUUCCAACAGAGCUAGUUGACCAUAAUAUAUCUAAUAGCCCUCAAUGCAUGUGUAAUUGUUUUAGUCAGUGGUUUUAUAUACAAUGGCUGAAUAAAAUUUCCUGAAGAUUAAGCUGUGAAAUGUAUUACUUUCACCUAACUUUUGUAGUACAAAAUAACAUCCUGCCUAAUUUUCUGAAAUUCAUAUUCAUAGUUUGCAUGUUACUUGAUCAAUAAGCCUAAACCAAAUAUAUUAUGUGCAAUAAAACUGAGCUUUUAUAUAUCAUCUAGUGCACUAAGAAUUGUAUAUUUUUAGAUAUAUAAACUUUUGGGUUAUGUAGAAAUCAUCAAUUCAAAUCUGUUCAAAAGAUAGAAUGCUAUAUUUUCUAUUUUGAGUAUUGGUUAUAUAUCAUUCCUACUGUUUUAUCUUUACUGUUUUUGCAGUGUUUUUAGAAAAUAGCUGUGUAACUUAUUGAGCAUUAUUUUGAUGUUACUGUAUAAACAUGCAAAAUGAUUAUUAAAUUCUUAUUUACUUUGUUUCAA